AUGGCUGCCCAAAGCAGAAAGAAUAUCCGUCUAGGCCGCUGCAUUCAAGAAGCGCAUAAGGCAAUCGGCAUCAAAGACCCGGACAUCCUUUUGGCCGAUGUAAAUGGGAACAUUGCAAAAAUGUACAAGAUUGUAUGCAUUGACGACAUCCAUGCUUGCGGCGAAGUAACAUACCAGCUCAUCUUCAUCCCAGCAAAUGAAGGUGAAAUGUUAGAAUUUCUCAAUGAUGGUGGCAAGGCCCUGGCGGUUCUCUGGAAUUACGUUGAGAAGAAAGGCCGAAGUCUAAAACUAAGAUCCCAAUGUUUCAACCUCAAAAGAUUUCAAUCAUCAGUAAAUUCCGCAAUAGGACGUACAAUAGCUGAUUUGCCAUCGACACCAAGUGUACCAUCAACAUCAAGUGUGCCAUCAACAUCAAGUGUGCCAUCAACAUCAAGUGUGCCAUCGACAUCUAAUACAGACAAUCAUGGAAAGAGCCUUGGACAAAUGAAGAGACAUUUUGAGAACAAUGUUACAUCCUCACCAACGAAGAAACGGGUCAUCGAACACUUUGAUUUAGAUUGUCCUAAUGAUUUAUCAGAAUAA